AUGGACUCAACCGUAUUGUUGGGCAAGGCGACCGGGGAGAUUGGCGGUUUCAACGAGACCAUGGCCGCGGCGGCAUUUGAAGAGAUUUCUUCCUUCAUCUUGCGAUGCCAAUUCGCCUCUAUCGUAAUUGUCACGUUCUUGUCCGGCGUACUCGUCAUGCAGAUCUUUACCUACUUUACCUAUCAGCGAAACGACGUCAAGUUGACACAAGUAAUCGUGGCCUGGUCAUGCUCUUGGACACUCGUGAUCACUUGUUAUUACUGGGUGUACAUAAGCUAUUUGUUUGUAGACAACUUUGGCCUCUGGCUUCCCUGGCUCGAAGUCCGAUGGCUUGCCAAAAUGCCUGUCUUCGACGCGCUCGCCGUCAUCCCCGUUCAAAGUUUCUUUGCCUACCGCGCCUAUUUGCUCAUGAACCGGAACAAGAUCUUGCUCGCUGUUCUUGCUCUUCUUCUCACCACUGCGGCCGGUGGCGCUAUCGGUACCACCAUUCUCUUCGGCGAGCAAGAGACUCUCUUCGGUGCUUCGGCUAGCGGACCUGCUUUGAUCACCUGGACUGCUGUCACCACUGGUGCGGAUAUUAUCAUCGCUGGGUGUAUCCUCGCUGGUUUACUCCGAUCGAAGACGGGCUGGACCCACACGGAUAAGCUCAUCACUCGCCUCGUCCGACUCACUUUCGAAGCCCAACUGCCACCCACAUUCCUUGCUCUCGCUUACGUCCUCGAGUGGUCCCAAACACCCUCCUCCCUCUUGGGUGCUGUCUUCCAAUCUCUCCAAUCUUCCGCCUACACUGUCGGUCUGCUGUUCACGCUCAACUCUCGUAUCGCUUUUACGACUGUUGACAAUAGCAUUCGAAGUCAGCAGACCCCGCAGGUUUUUGGUAUGAGUAACGUCAACUCCCGCCACCCGACCGAUGGCAUUCAGGUGGAUGUUCAGACUUAUGUCCAUGACGACCAGCCUUAUGAGUACAGCCACGACAGGAAAGGUCACUCCAAAGCCGAUUCAUUGUCUGACGGGGACACUGAGAGAGGUGUGGUGUUUGAGAACGGCAGUAGGGCUCACCUGACUGCUGGAUCUAAUGCUGUUUAG